AUGCCCGCAACCCGGCCAGUGCCUCUUGCCGUCGCGGCCCCGGCCGUCCUCGCCGCCGGCGCGUACCUCAACGCCAAGUCCGGUCUGUGGUACGACCUGACACUGCAGAAGAUCGGCCUCGUCACCAUGUUCCGGCUGCUGCGCAGCGUGCGGCAGGACCGCGUCAGCCUGUUCUACACGCUCGAGCAGUGGGCGACGAGCAAGUCGCACGCCGACCGCGCCGCGCUGCUCUUCGAGGACCGCCGCUACACCUACGCCCAGUUCUACGACCAGGUCCUGCGCCACGGCACCUGGCUGCGCGCCCACCACGGCGUCCGCCCCGGCGACAUUGUCGCCGUCGACUACCAAAACUCGGACACCUUCCUCUUCCUCUGGUGGGGGCUCUGGGCCAUUGGCGCCAAGCCCGCCUUCAUCAACUACAACCUGACCGGCAAGCCCCUCGCCCACUGCGUCGCCGCCGCCACCGCCCGCCUCUGCAUCGUCGACCCGGCCGUCGCGCACAGCGUCACGGCCGAGGUGCGCGCCGCGCUGCCCGACGUCGAGUUUGUCGAGUUCACGCCCGCGAUCGAGGCCGUCGCGCGCGGCAUCACGCCCAUUCGCUUCCCGGACAGCGACCGCUCCGAGGCCGAGUUCUCCAACAUGGCCAUCCUCAUCUACACCUCGGGCACGACGGGCUUGCCCAAGGCCGCCAUCGUGUCCUGGUCCAAGUGCAUCGGCGGCGGCAGCAUCGCGUCCAUGCUGCUCGGCCGCGGCGGCCGCUCCCGCGACGUCAUGUACACGUCGAUGCCGCUGUACCACAGCUCCGCCGCCGUGCUGUCCUUUUGCGCCACCAUUGUCGCCGGCAGCACCCAGGCCCUCGGCCGCCGCUUCUCCACCAAGACCUUUUGGCACGACGUCCGCCGCCACCGCGCCACCGGCAUCCAGUACGUCGGCGAGACCCUGCGGUACCUGCUGGCCGCGCCCCCGCAGAUCGACCCCGUCACCGGCGAGAACCUGGACCGCAAGCACCACGUCACCGUCGCCGUCGGCAACGGCCUGCGCCCGGACAUUUGGAACAAGUUCAAAGACCGCUUCGGCAUCACCCAUAUUGCCGAGUUUUACGCCUCGACCGAAGGCGCCGGCUCGACCUGGAACCUGUCCGCCAACGACCUGUUCGCCGGCGCCGUCGGCCGCAUGGGCUGGCUGCGCCGCUUCCUGCUGCGCAACGACAUGGCCUUUUUGGAGUACGACCACGACCAGGACCGGCCCUAUCGCGACCCGACCACCGGGUUCUGCCGGCGCGUGCCCAGCGGCGAGCCCGGCGAGCUCAUCACCCGCGUCGACCCGGCGGACCUCAAGCGGCUCUUCCAGGGCUACUUCAACAACGAAAAGGCCACCGAGGCCAAGAUCCUGCGCGACGUGUUCGCCAAGGGCGACGCCUGGUACCGCACCGGCGACAUCAUGAGCCUGGACAGCGAGGGCCGCUACGCCUUCAACGACCGCAUCGGGGACACGUUUCGCUGGAAGUCGGAGAAUGUCUCGACAAACGAGGUCGCGCACGCCGUCGGCACCUACGCCGCCGUGCGCGAGGCCAACGUCUACGGCGUGCAGCUUCCCCACCAUGACGGCCGCGCCGGCUGUGUCGCCGUCAACUUUACCCAAGACCCGCCCGACGCCGACACCCUCACCGGCCUCGCCGCCCACGUUCGCGCGAAUCUGCCCAAGUACGCCGUGCCGCUCUUCCUGCGCGUCGUCAAGGAUAUUGCCGGCCCGCAGACGACCGGCACCAACAAGCAGCAAAAGUCUGUUCUGCGCAACGCCGGUGUGAAACCGGACGCGCUGGACGACGGUGCCGCGUUGUACUGGCUUCGUGGGGACACCUAUGUCCCCUUUGGGCAGAAGGAGUGGCAGGAACUGCAAGGUGGCCGCGUCAAGCUCUAG